AUGGCGACCGCAGCCAAUUACGCGACAUUGCAGCAAACACCCGCCUCGGCACCACGAGCCGUAGCGAACCCAGGCAAUCAUCCAACACUACACAACGAGGGUUAUCCCAGGCUCGCCUUCUUUUUAUCGCAGCACACCAGAUAUCUACAUCUGCGAAGAUUUUCCGCGCUUGCGAUCCGCCUUCUGCUCUAUCGUCAGCAUAGGUUGAUGGGGCUGGAGAAAGACCUCUUGCAUCUUGAAGAUCGCGAUGCUCAGUUCGAUCCCGACUUCUUGAAGAAUUUUGCCCGUAUCGACGCAGAAUACAACACACCUGUCAUCGUUCGAGAAAAGACCCAGGGCAGACUAUAUGAGAAGCUCCAGAAUGAAUUAAAGGAAUAUGAGGAAGCCCUUCUAAGAUUCAAUCGCCUUGCUGGUAAAGGCUACGAUGCUGCGGAGCUUCGUGACUUCCAGGUUUUCUUAGACCGGAAUGAUCUUUUGGGACUUGAUGCUGCAAUUUGGGGCUCUCAGAACGAUCCCGAAGGCCAUGCAUCUGACAUAUACCAGGUCGUAGAUCGAUCAAGUCCCAGUACGAUAAGUAGGUUUUUCCGGGAUAAGUUUGUCUCGUGGGCUCCGUACUUUCCAGACUGGCUCUGGGUGCUAUUGACCUGGUCCAAAAGACCCCUGGACAUCUUUGGAUGCCGCAAUUUCAGCGAGCACCGAAUUGAGGUGAUAACAUUAACGAUCGGGAAUCUCACAGCCUCGUUGCUCAUAUAUGCGGCCGUCACGUCCUUGUACUUCACAGCUGGACGAGCGUCCAGCAUCGCAGGGGUUGUUAUUACAUCCGUAACCAUAACCGCUUGUAGUCUGUUGUUUCGUAAUCAGCAGUUCAUCUCUAUGCUUGCGACGGUAUGUGCCGUACUCGUGACGUUGCUGCUCAACGAUAAGCCCGAACAAUGUCAGUCGACCCAGACCGCUACGCCUUGA